AUGGCAGCCCGAAAAACGCAACAAGAAAUUGAUAAGACCUUUAAAAAGGUCGCUGAAGGGAUCCAAACUUUUGAAGGCAUUUACGAGAAAAUACGCCAGGCCACAAAUCCCACGCAGCGGGACAAGCUCGAAGACCACCUCAAGCGCGAAAUCAAGAAGCUCCAAAGGUUCCGUGAUCAGAUCAAAUCUUGGGCCGCUGGAAAUGAAGUCAAGGAUAAAGCUCCCCUGAUGGAACAACGGAAAGCUAUUGAAGUGUGCAUGGAACAAUUCAAGGCCGUUGAGAAGGAGAUGAAGACGAAAGCGUAUUCGAAGGAAGGCCUAUCGGCAGCGUCGCGACUUGACCCAAAGGAGAAGGAGAGAGUGGAGUGUUCUGAGUUCCUCGCCAGUAUGGUGGACGAGCUUCAGCUGAAGAUCGAAGCCUUGGAGGCGGAGGAAGAGACACUUCAUGCGCAGAUGAAGAAGGGCAAGAAGGACACGAAGAAGGCGGAUCGAAUGGCGGACAUCUCCCACGUCACGGAACGACAUAAAUGGCACGUAAACAAGCUGGAGUUCCUCAAUCGUUCGUUACAAAACGGCAACCUGGAUGUGGGCGCGGUACAAGAUCUCAAGGAAAGCAUCAAAUACUACGUCGAGGAAGGGGGCAACCUUGACUACUCUGGCGAGGACGAAACUCUCUACGAUGAUCUGAAUAUUGGCGAGGAGGUCGAGGCACAAUUUGGUAUGGGCGGCGAAGGUGAUCGGGUAUCAUCACAAGACGCUCAAUCGAUUCAAGAUGAAGAGCUCGAACCCAAGCCAAAAGCGAAGCCUGAAGCGCCGACACCUCGAAGACCAUCGACGCAGAUGAAAUCGCCGCUUCCCGUUCUCGCUACCCUCCACACUACUGCUUCAUCCAGUGCCACUCCUGGCAUGAAGCCUGCCCCCCUCCCCACCCGUCCCGCCGGUGACCUCAAGUAUGCCUCCGCCGCUGCAGCUGCUGCCGCAAGCGACAAAAGUGGUGUUGGCAUUCUUCCUCUUCCCCCUCCACCCGGGUACAGCCCGGCCCUCUCCGUGGCAUUCCCUAUGUCGAAAUCAUCUACUGCUUCGCCCAGUGUGGCGUCCGCAGUGCCCGUUGCCAAGUCAAUAGUAUCACCCGCUGCGGCGCCCAGUCCGGAAGAGCUUGUUGGGGCCGGGCGGCCGAAGAUCCCUGCCAGUGCAAGUGUUCCAGCCCCAACCCCCGCGCCGGCUAAAGCGGAAGCAUCCACGAAUGGCAAUGUAGAAGCACCAGGAACUGAGACUGAAGAGUCCGUAUAUCACCUGCCUCCAGGUCUUCAGGACCUGCUUCAAUCCUUUGAAGUGACGAAGGCGCGUGCAUCGGCGAACCCCUCACCGUCUGUUCAGCGCCUUCUCGCCACUUCAUUGACAACCUGUCCGGAGGCUGGCGACGCUGAAAAACCACGCCACUACAAGCCGCAGAACCCUUACAGUACUGCGCUCUACUAUCCCCAGGAACCUCUUGCGAUAUUCGAUGAUCCCCGGUUAUAUGACACUGGACGAAUCGACACCGAUACCCUCUUCUACCUUUUCUACUACCGUCAAGGGACGUAUCAGCAAUAUCUUGCCGCCAAAGCGCUGCGUAAUCAAAGCUGGCGUUUCCACAAGCAAUACCAAACCUGGUUCCAGCGUCAUGAGGAGCCGAAGAAUAUCACCGAGGAGUUCGAACAAGGCACUUAUCGCUUCUUCGACUACGAAAGCACAUGGAUGAAUCGACGCAAGGCUGAUUUCAAGUUUGUGUACAAGUACCUCGAGGACGAGUUAUAA